GUAGUGUUUCCAUCUUCUUUCAAAUACUACAAACCUUGAAGUUACCUACGUAUAUUGCUAUAUUUAUUUACGGUUAGGUUAAGUUGUCAAACUAGGAAUUCCAAAUUUGUUAGGCUGUUUAUUGUUAUUUAUAUUAUGAUUGUUAUUUGAAAUGGAGGAUAUAAAAUCUAAAUUUUUUGAUUUUAUAAAUAUACAGGCACAACCAAGAAUACCAGUUGUUGGAUCCUCUGACAUUGAUGAUCUAUUGGAAGAAGAUUUCAAUGAUGAAAACAUUAAGAAACAACCUGAAGUGGAGAGACCAUCAGACCAAGAAAUACUUGAAACAAUUGACAAACAAUUUUUUAGUACCGAUGACUAUUUUGAUGCCAAGCGUUAUGAACUUGAAAAACUGGAUAAUUUGACUGAUGUUCCCAAAGUACAGUCAGAAUUAGAACAAAUAAAAAGGCAGCAUAAAGUUGUCUCUAAUCAUGUGCUUCAGAUGAUUUUAGAAAAACAAUCUUCCUGCCAAGAGGAGUUCAAUAGGAUAGUAGAGGUGCAGGAAGAAGUUAACAAUCUUUUAAAAGGAGUUAUGAAUGGAAGGAGAAAUCUUUCUAUUGCUUCCCAGCAUUUUACAAGUGCUAGCCUUGGUAUAUUGGCGAAUUAUAGAAAAAGAACAUUGAUUAAACAGCUUUUGAAAUCUUUAAAUACAAUAAAAACUUUACAUAAAACUGAAUCAAGGAUGCCACAGUUGCUUAAUAUAGGGAACUUUCCUGAAGCUAUUUCAUUGCUUCUGGAUUGCCAUGGCAUUGCAGCAAUGCACAAACAGUUUUCUUGUGUUGCUGGCUUGUGUGGCAAAUUACAGGACACCUUAGUUAUGACCGAAGAGCACCUCGACGUGGCACUAGCCAAGAUAUGUUAUGGGUUCGAUGAAGCAAUUUAUAAAAAACUGCAAUCUGCUUACGCUCUUUUGGAAAAAACCCAAAUAGCAAUGGAUCAACUUCAUAUGCAUUUCACUUCAGCCGUGCAUAGCACCGCUUCUAAUGUUGUUAAUUUUUUUAUCAAAGAAAAGAAUACUACUAAUGUAGAUUUCUCACAGUUUUACCAAAUUAAUGUCAAUAGUGAUAGUUAUAUUAACAAGACUGAAUUUCCUGAGCUAUGCAAGGAUAUAUCUGAAGAAAGUUUUAUUCCAUGCCUCCUGCUACUUUGUAAAUCCUUAUGGUGUAUUAUUCUCAGUUAUAAUCAGGUAGUUCUCUGGCACCAAAAUAAUCCUUUCACUAAUGAAGGUACAUAUUUAGAAGGCUGUAACAAUGAACAAACAAUAAAACAGAAGCUUAGCCAAGGCCUCGCAAGGUUAUGGCACGAUGUACAGAUGAGAGUAUCUGCUUUGGUUUUAGCAGGAAAUCUAUCGAAUUAUAAAUUUGAUGAUUUCUUACAGAUCCUUGCUAUUCUGCAUAGGCUUUCCUUGAUCGGAGAAGAAUUGUGUGGUAGUGGCUCUGAAGAAGUUGCUAAUUCUAUCAGAAAGCAAAGUAGUAUAUACUUUAAGACAUACCACGCUGCUAAACUGGAUGAUUUAAAAGUUUUUCUGGAAAAUGAAGCUUGGACGCCUUGCCCGGUCAGAACUGACUUUUCUAUAUUGCAUCUCCAGGAGUUUAGGGGACUUCGUUGUAGCCUGGAACAGUGUGCAGGAGCAGAUUCUAAACAGAACGUUUCUUCUGAUAAUGGUUCAGUUGAUGCCAACUUUUUCACUCGCUACCCGAAUCCAUCAAAAGCCACACCCUUUGAUAUCAACUUCCAGAUGGACUCAAACCAAGAAGAAAUUUUAGCAAGCAUAGGAGAUGAUCCUUCUGGUUAUUUCAGCGAAGAGAGUGAAGAAGAGAUGGAAUUUUUGACUAAUUCUGCAAAUAAUGGAAGGGACUCAGUUGGCCGAAGAGACUUAGCAAGUGGUUCACCAUUGCUAACGAAUACAACAGUCAGUGUUUUACGUUUAUGUGGAAAAUAUCUGCAGAUGUCAAAAUAUCUAAAACCUAUUGCAUCUCAAGUUGUUUCUGCUCUUACACAGUUAUUUGAUUUCUAUCUUUAUACUGUCCAUUCGUUCUUUACCACAAAUAUGCCUAGCAUCCUUUCGUUGAAUGUUUCAUCGCUUAAAUUGCAAUCCGUUCUAAAGAGGAUAAAGGAUACUCUAAUCAUACAGAAUGAUGACGAAGAAGAACACGAAUUUAAGGUUUACGAAGCUCAAGUAUCUCCGUUGGUAGAUCUUACUUCUCCUAACACUUUAUUUGGGUUAGUCGAAAGAGUCGUUGGAGUUGAAUCACUUCUUUUUCUGUCGAGAGAAUUCAUUUAUUUAAAACCCUAUUUAGAACAACUUCUUCAAUCGCAGGGUAGUACUUUACAUAACUUACAGCAGUUUUAUAGUCACACUAUUGCUGUUAGUUUUGAAGUAAGAAAACCGGUUUACGCUAAUGUAGCCUGGAGGGCUAUUAAUGAUAAAGCAGUAUUAGACUUAAUGUCAAGAGUGGAUUGGGAAGUUAAAGAUGUCGUGUGUGAACAUAGUAGUUAUGUUAAUUAUUUGAUUGGGGAAUUGCAACAGUUUGUUAAACGCUUGGACAACUUGCGAAAUAUCAUACACAUUCCAGAAGAAGCAUAUGAAUCACUUUGGGAUAAUUUGAUUUACUUGUUAUCCAAUUUAUUAGUGGAAGGCUUUUCAUCAGCAAAAAAGUGUUCAACUGGAGGACGAGCACUUAUGCAGCUUGAUUUUAUUCAACUUAUUUCUAAGCUUGAAGCAAUAACUACCAUACGACCCAUUCCAUAUCGUGAUCUUGUAGAAGCUUAUAUCAAGGCCUAUUAUCAACCGGAAGAAGACUUAGAAUCCUGGAUUAAGGAGCAUAAGGAAUAUUCUGUAAAACAGUUAAUGGCAUUGGUAUCAUGUGUUUGUCAAAAUAACAAGAAGUCAAGACAAAGACUGACAGCAUUGAUUGAUGAGCUGGAGAAAUCUGGAAUCAGAUGACCUUCGCUGAAGAAUGAUAACGACUCUUCCUUUAUUUAAAAAUAUAUAUGUAUAUUUUAGUUCAUACGAAAUACUCUAUGUAUAUUAAAUAUAAACUGUAAAUGUAAGGUUUUUAUUGUGAUAAUAGUUUAUUUUUUAGAAAUAUCAUAUGAAAUACUAAAAUUCCUUGGUCUGUGAUUUUUUUAAUGUAUGUAUAAAAUCAUUUAUGUAAAGAGAGAUACAAUUAUAGAUCUAAUAUAUGUCUAA